GGCAGCAAUGCCAAAAUGCAUCGCUCAAACCCCUUCUUGUUUGCCGUCCAGGUUAUGCUUGGCAUGCUGCUUUCUUCAGCUGCACCGACAUCGGGCAACCUAUCAAUGGAUUUUCACCACAUUCCCACGAACACGGGACAUCCUGGCCUUAUCAUCGGGCAUCGGAUGGCGUUGGCAGCCACUUCCCAGCGAACAGCGCAACAUCAUCCGAGACCAUGACAUCACGGACCUGCUACUUAAGAGGCUUGGCCAGGGAUCCUUCAGUGGGCGCGGCAGCAAUGCCAAAAUGCUUCGCUCAAACCCCUUCUUGUUUGUCGUCCAGGUUAUGCUUGGCAUGCUGCUUUCUUCAGCUGGACCGACAUUGGGCAACCUAUCAAUGGAUUUUCGCCACCAACACACGAACACGGGACACACCUGGCCUUAUCAUCGGGCACCGGAUGGCGUUGGCAGCCAAUUCCCAGCGAACAGCGCAACAUCAUCCGAGACCAUGACGUCACGGACCUGCUACUUAAGAGACUGUCUUGGCGAGGAAUCCUUCAGUGGGCGCGGCAGCAAUGCCACAAUGCUUCGCUCAAGCCCCUUCUUGUUUGCCAUCCAGGUGAGAAAGCGAUUUGGCAAAUGCUUUCGUAGCUGUAAUGUAUGCCUGGUCUUGCUGCCGUGCCCACACCUUUUGCUUGAAUGGUUCUGUGAUUUAUCGUCUUCCUUGCGUUUCUUGCUGCUUCUGGCGGGGGACGUCGACACUAAUCCUGGGCCUCGAGACACUGUGCUUGAAGAACAGCUAAAAAUAAUUGCAAAGGAUAUCCAGGAGAUGAAGAACGAAAAAAUGGUGACCAACCAAAAGCUUGCAGCUAUAGAUAAAAAGUUAGAAAAAAUAGGCAAAAUGGAAAAGCAGGUUCUGGAAUGCGCGGGAAGGAUUGAUAAACUUGAAAAUAUGGUUCUAUCAUUGACUAAAAAAAUCGACGACCUAGAUAACCGAGGCCGUAGGUCUAACCUUUUUGUGUAUGGUGUCAAAGAACUUGAAACUGAAACGCACCAGGAUCUGCUUGAUGCUGUUGAAAAGAGAAUUUUUGAAGAUAAGAUUGGAAUAAAAACGGCUGGCAUAGAAAGAAUUCACCGUCUUGGGCGACGGAAGACCACUGGCAGUCCUAAAAACAGACCUGUAAUCGUAAAGUUGCUUGACUAUCGGGAUAAAGACAACAUACUUAGAUAUUGCAAGAAGCUAAAAGGAACGGAAUACCCAAUUAGCGAGGAUUUUUCGCCCGUAGUCAAAGGAAUUAGAAGGAAGCUCUGGGAAAGAACGAAGGAACACCGAGACCAGAAAGACAAAGUUUUCUUGUCUUACGAUAAAGUCAAAAUUAAUAAUCGCCUGUACACCUGGGAUGACCAAAGUAACGACAUAUUGGAAGUCGCACAAAACGGAAGCAAGGACAACGAACAAGCCGGGCGACCUCGAAACUGCCCUCGGCGCUAG